AUGGCGCUCUUGCCUCAGAUCAGUAGCCUGGGUGCCAAUCAGUGCUUUCACUGCCUGAUUACCUUCCCUGACGAGAAAUUCAAGGAACGGCAUAUGAAGCGGGAACACCCACAGGAAUUUGUUCAGGCCAAUUUGCGGGAUGCCCUGUUUCUCUGCUUUGUCUGUAAGAAGGCUUUCAAGAGCUCCCAAGCGCUUAUCUGCCACCAGCGAGGCCAUGCCUCGCCCUCGCCCUCCGAUUGCAGUGACUGCUUGCGCCCCCCCUUUGACUGUGCUGACUGCGGCCGCCGUUUUGACCAGCUGGCCAACUACCAGCAUCACCGCCUAGGCCACACAGCCGGCCAUAGCUUGCCUCACCAGUGCUCCGAUUGCAGCAAAAGUUAUCGGCAGCUUUCCAGCCUGCGUCAACACCAGGCUUUCCACCGGCAGACCCAGGUGCUGCUACCCUCCUGGCCCUAUUCCUGCACUGAGUGUGGGGAGAGCUUCAGGCACGAGGCAGGCCUGCAUGAGCAUUACAUCCGGCAUGCUCGCGGAGAGCUCUAG